AUGUUCCCUGACAGAAGCAAGUCCGCAAGGGUGAACCCACCCAACAGAAGGCAGGUUCCGAGAUGGCUGCCUGCUUCAUACACCAGACACGUCUUCUUGAAGAACCAUCCAGUCGAGAAAACAGACGCACCUGGUCCUGGAACAUAUGAUAUCUUGACUGUAAAACGGAGCCCUGCUGAUUUCCGGCAACGAAAACCGAUCGAGAAGAGUAGGAGCGUCGAUGUGCUGAGCAAGCUGCCAUUUCGAAGGACAAAGAAGCUGCACGCAAAGAAAGAUAGGAAGAAGCACAACCAUGGAGAUGCCGUCAAAAUGCCAAAGCUCAAGAUGGAAGCCAUUCGGAAGCUCAGGACAUGGGAUUUCUUUCUUGACGAAUGUGCCGACGUGAUCAGCAUGCUGAACACACUGCGAGAAGAGAAUAAGGAUGACAUCAAUUAUGUGAAGAGACUUCAACUGAAUGCAGUCGCGAGAGGCUCAACGAGAGCUGCUCAAUCUUGGCGGCCAAGAUCAUAUUGCACUUUGAAUGAUCUCGGGGACAUAGAUACCGUGACGAACCGACAAAAACUCCUUGACUCCCUUGAUCAGACCAGCAGAUCUGUCGUCAACAAUUUGUUUGUGAAUGCCGACCCAGCAUUCAAGCUGCUAGGUAUACACGAUGACUGCAAUGAGCUUCAGUUCGCAGACAGCAUGCUCAGCGUGCAGGUCAACUUUGAUCCAGCAGAAUUGUUGCUACCACAGUCAGUGAGGAGUAGGACUCAAAAUCUAGAGAGCGUGGAGGAGACGGAAGUCCAGCCCGGUCGGAAGUCAACCGGUCGCCCUGUGGCAAAGGAUCGUCAGCCGCAUGAUUAUCUUGAGAUGGAUGAAAUAGUUGAACGGUUUGCAGGCCAUAGUAUCCGGUGA